AUGGCACAAAACGGCACGAGGAUUCCCGCCUGGCGAAGACUUGGCCUUGCGCUGCAGAGCGAGGCUCAAUCCGGAGUCGCCGUGACCGAGCCCGCUGCAUCGCACGGAGGCGAGAACCAGCCUGUCCCAACUCCUGAUGCAGCAAAAGAGACUCCCAAUCUCUCUGAGCCACUCACCGAGCCUACCCGAAGUGGAAACACGUCAAAGCUUGGCAAACGAAAACACCAACACGAGGCAGCAGACGAGAGCGAACCAACAACAUUGAAAAAAAGCCGGACGGUAGCGGAAGAAGUUCACGCACGCGAGAAUGCUGUUGCGGAUGCGCCUGCCGUUUCUCAGGAAGAUCAUGCUAUGCCGGACCUCACCCACGAGGAGCCCUCUUCGGCCACACCAGCAAAAGGAGGGGACCCAAACUAUCGCCAAGGAAAGAAGAAGAAGCCCAAGCUUACUCCGAAAGACCGCAAGAAGCUGGCCCAGCAAAAUCCGCCUGCACCUUCACCUGCUGAGGCUGUGCCCGUGAGAACAAGAGCGACUUUACUUGCUUCGACUGAGGUCGAUCAACUCCCGGCGCCCUCGUUCUCAACCCCACAAAAACAUCAGCCUAUCCUUCGAGACCGCAGUAAAGACCCUUCAGGAUCCCCUCCAAGGACCGACAGGCGCAAGUCCGUUGCUUUUACACCUGACACGAAGAGGGUGGACGGAGACAGUGGACAGACGUGGUUCAAAAAAUGGGCAGCUGAGCAGAAGGGAGAGGACACCGGAAUUCCAGAUCAACCCAGCUUCACCUCAGCACCUUCAGCGGUCGAAGAGCCCAAGGAAGUGGUAAAGACCGAAAAUAAAGAGAGGAAGAAGAAGGACAAGACAUCAACAAAAGAAAAGGAAGCAGCAGCUUUUGCUGCAAGCGCUACAGCCAAAGAAGAGCAGUCAACCCCCCAGAAAGCGUCACAGCCAGCCAAACCCGCGAAAGAAAGCAAAGAGCAGUCUGCACCUGGUCCCAAAGGCAAGAAAAAGGAUCCUUCCAUCUACAUCUCCUACCUUACACAGUACUACAACGACCGCGACAACUGGAAGUUCAACAAGGCUAAGCAGAACGACGUUGUCGACAACGCCCUGAACAUCUUCCGCAUCCCAGACGAGCACUGUGACGCACUACUCGAGUACAUCAAAGGCUUGAAAGGUGCAGGCGUGAUCGAGCGACUGAGAGAGAAAACACUGUCCGCUAUCAAAGAGCUCGACGUAGAAGACGCCAAAGCACCGGCAGACAUGGACGAGGACGCCCAAAAAGCUGCCAAGGAAGCCGCACUGCAAGAGCGAGUAGCCAAGGAGCGAAAGCGAAGAAAGGUUGAAGGCGACGUGGAGAGCCUCGCAACCCACCCUAAUGGCGACGCAUAUAUUCGACGCAUGCGCCGCAGCCGUGCCGAAGCGCUCCUGUCAGCACUUGGUCGCACCGCGCCAAUCUUGCCCGCUCCCCAGCCAACAACGAGCAUAAAUCCCAUGGUUCAGAACCUCGCGCCGCAGGACAGGGCUCGCAAGAGGAAACGCAGGACCGACAUCUCGAGCGACGAGAGCAGCUCUGAUAGUAGCAGCGAUGACAGUUCGAGCGAUGACUCUGACGCUGAGUCUAAAGACGGCUCCAGCUCGGAUUCAGAUGGUGGUAGUGCAAGUGGAAGUAGCUCAAGCUCUGAUAGCGAUGGAUCUGGUGGAAGUGAUAACGACAGUGACAGCGACUAA